AUGGCGAAGCCCAGCAGCAGCAGCAGCAGCAGCAAAGUUGACGAUGGCAUCGACGUUGGCGACUACGAGUACGAGGAGGAAUUCAUCAAGAACGCGCGCGGCAUGAAGCUCUUCACCUGCCGAUGGCUCCCCAAGGCACGGCCGAUCAAAGCCCUCGUCUUCAUCUGCCACGGUUACGCGGUGGAGUGCAGCGUGACGAUGCGCGGCACGGGGGUCCGGCUGGCGCAGGCCGGGUACGCCGUGCACGGCAUGGACUACGAGGGCCACGGCAAGUCGGACGGCCUCCGGGGCUACGUCCCCUCCUUCGACGUCCUCCUCGGCGACUGCGACGCCCACUUCGCCUCCGUCGUCGCCGCCCACGAAGAGCAGCCGCUGCCCCGGUUCCUGCUGGGCGAGUCGAUGGGCGGCGCGGUGGCGCUGCUUCUCCACCGCGCGCGGCCGACCUACUGGACGGGCGCCGUGCUGGUGGCGCCCAUGUGCAAGAUCACGGACGAGAUGAAGCCGUGCCCGGCGGUGAUCAAGAUCCUGGAGGCCAUCGUCAGGUUCAUCCCGACGUGGAAGAUCGUGCCCACCAGGAACGUCAUCGGCGCCGCCUACCGGACGCGGGCCAAGCGCGACGAGAUCCGGCGCAACCCCUACUGCUACAAGAGCAGGCCGCGGCUGGGGACGGCGCACGAGCUGCUCAGGGCCAGCCUCCGCGUCGAGAGCGAGGUGCUCACGCAGGUGACGCUGCCGUUCCUCGUCGUGCACGGGGGCGCCGACAAGGUCACCGACCCGGAGGUCAGCCGGCUCCUCUGCCGGGAGGCGCCCAGCACCGACAAGACGCUCAAGCUCUACCCGGGCAUGUGGCACGCGCUCACCUCCGGCGAGUUGCCCGAGAACAUCGACCUCGUCUUCACCGACAUCAUCGCGUGGCUCGACCACAGGUCCGCCCCGCCCCGGGAGAGGGAUGACUUGACGACUCGAUCAGAGCAGCCAUCAUAG